AUGGCCAACGCCGAUUGCUCUAGUAGCUACCACGAAGCUAUACACACACUCCGGAAAAGCUUUGGUGUGAACGGUAUUAGUGUGAAGUUUGAAAUGAUACCGACGGUCAUGUGUUUAACCUUGGCAGAGACGAUGCAAGCCAUUUACCAACGUCAACCCGUCUUCCUGGCUAUACCAGCUUGGAUUGAUACGCCUUUCUCCAUAUUCGACCCUUCACUUAUGCAGCAGCUCCUCAAUGAGGCUGUUAAACUUCCAUCGCUGCUACAACAGGCCGAUAAGGUCAUCAAAAGUCCGGAACUGAACCACGCCGAGGUCAGUCAGGUACUGGAUCUUUUCAUUAAUUUUGCUUUACGUCUGGAUAACUGGGAAACAACGUUGUUCGUUGAUGGUUCUCCGCCCUACUGGCCUCAUGGUGAUGCUGAAGAUACACCCCUCCCUUUCUGGUAUCCUAACGUCACCAUAGCGAAUGCAUUUACGCAUCUAUGGGCCCUUAAAAUUAUCUGCAUGAAAGAGAUGAAGCAAUUGGCUACUUAUCUUCCCCAUGACUUGUUACGGGAAUCGCUAUCUGCCAGACGGCUCCAUGUGGGUCUUGCUGAGAAUGAUCUACUGAUGAUAGUGCUUGCGAGACAAAUACAUUUGAGCGUGGAGUUUUUGUUGCAGGAUGAGAUGGAGCUCUUCGGUCCGGCGUCUACUUUCUUUCCACUCAAGGUGGCUUAUCAAACGUUCAAAAUGAGUGGAGUCGGGUAUGAGGUGGAUAUUGCUUGUAUUGAGAGCAUUCUGGACCGACUUGAUCGAAAGGGACUACUCUCUGCUCGCAGCUUUGUGGUUAAUUGGUAA